GAAUGCCAGAUCAGCUCUCACAAUUGUAGCAACAAUGCCAUCUGCAUUAACACCAAAGGUUCCUUUAACUGUAGUUGCAAACCAGGGUAUAGUGGGAAUGGCCACGACUGCUCAGGCGGGUGCUUGCGAUGUUUUAUAUAUUUACUUAGGCUCGCCAAUCCUUGUAGGUUCACCGUUACAGCCCACACUGAAUUACUGGGGCCCGUAACAGUUCCUUCCCUCAUUCCCUCAUAAGAAAUAGACCACCACACAGUACGUGGGUUGUUCAUCGCCCCAAAGAAUUUAUCUGUGCCAGGAUUGUGAGAUGGAGCCUACGAUUUAUCGUCCUUAUCCGAGAAGACUAAAAAGUCUAACCGUUUGCAGAUUUCUUCACCGUGUCUUUUUUUGCAUUUGUUUACCUUCUAGUUUUGAGUAAUUUUGGUAAUAAAAAAUAAGUAAAAUAAAAGGCACACAAGCACAGAAGAGCUACUAUAUUAUGCAAGCGACUCCUCGAAGUAUAGGAAUACAAUUCUACUGGUAUGAUAUGCUUUACGCCUCGUAUCAUGUUAGAAACCAAAGUUAAAUAUAUGCGGUUCCCUUCUUAUUGGUGCAAAGCAACUUGGCAGCGAGUUUCAAAACAAAAAAGUGUUUAUUAUCACAUUAGCAGUGCUUGUAUACUGUUUCAAUAAUCAGACGACCACUUUGUGGAAUUUCAGCGUUUAUGUUUAUCUUUUCUCGUACCAGCACCUUUAAAUUUACUGGGUUUAUUUUUCAGACAUAGAUGAGUGCAACGCUGCAAAUAAUAGCUGUCAUGAAAACGCUUGGUGCAAUAACACUCAAGGAUCAUUCGAUUGCUUCUGUAAACCAGGCUACGAUGGAGAUGGACACAAUUGUACAGGUAAAAUCAUAUGCAUGAGUUUGGUUAACGUAUCCACUUUUAAGUUUUAAAAAAACUGUGAUCAGGAAAUCUUUUUUUCUUCUGGAGAACGAGAAAAAAAGAUGGGGGGGGGGGGGGAAGGGGGGCAUGUUCGCAGGCUAAAUAUGUCUAUUAUGUGAAAUGACGUAUGCUAAUUUCUCCCUGUUUACUGCCAGAUUAUUGCAGUUUUUUUAGUCUCGCUUGCGUAAGCAGCGAGACUCAUAAUCUGCAACGCGUUUUUCGUCGUAUUUAGGACACAAAAGGGGGUCAUUGUGCCAGGCGUUCCUUGCGGAGACCGUGGAAACUGGGACUAAGAAUCGUUGCGUGAUCGAAGCCACGCAUGUUUAGCUAACAAAGGUUAGGAAAGAUUAAAUUUGGAGCUUUUCCGAAACGUGUCGGUUCACGAAUUCUAUUGCUUGAAAGCGUUGAUUACUUUGGAACAAGGAAACACUACUGAGUCGUCGAAAAAAAAUAAGAAUCUUAAUUAGCAAAACUGCGAUGGUCGGGUGUUGUAAACGUUUAUUGUAUGCAAAUUGUUCUUGUGAUGAGCAUGCGGUUUAUUUUCGGCGAUGAUUGAAAUGACGUGCCAUGUGAAUCACUUUUUUUGAUCUCUGGCAAUGUCCAAAUUUCUCUGGAAUCGAGGCCCUUUAAUUUUUCGUGUAUUUAUACACGCGUAUAGCCUGCGACGGCAGACGAUAUUUCCGGUCGUCGCUAGCACGCGUACUUAAUCAGAAACAAAUAAAAAGUAUCGAUGUCGAUAAAGUAGGAAAUAAAAAACUUUUAACGAGUAAAUCCUAUUUCGUAUAGAAUUAAUGACCUCCUCAUUUCUCGAUCUAAUCUCCAAGCAAGCGAGACGGAAUGCCGCUGCAAGUGCGUUCUUGUUUAGACAUAGCCGCGUGUAACACAGAUUUUAAAAGCUGUCACGAGAAAUCUUUGAGCCAUAAUACCCAAGGAUCAUUCACUUGCUCCUGUAAGCCAGGGUACGGGAAGGCGAUGGAUACAAUUGUACAGGUAAAAUUCUUUGGGUUUUUUCAAAUCCAUUUAAAACAAUUCGCCUUAGUUUGAGGGGUGACUGAUGUCAUGUUCCGAAAUCAGUGCGAGAAAGGAAAUGUGUUUUAACCGUAAACUAUUUAACAAUUAUUCCUCCAACCCGAAUGGGCUCUGAGUCAAUAGCUCAUGAGGCCGAAGGCCGAAUAGGCUAUUAAUUCAGAGGUCAAGAGGGCGAGAUGAAUAAUUGUUUUAGUAAAAUCCAACCAGUUAGUCAAAAAUAUCGAGACAAAACAACUUUAGCUAGCAAAACGCGAUUCAGCCGCCAUUGUUUUGGUUUUCAAAGCCGGUGCUUUUCGCUACUAGUGGGCUAUAACAUAUAGCCUAGUAGUAGCUCAACCAGUCAGAACGCAGCAUUGAUAAUAAUAAUGUAAUCAAUAUAAUUUUACUAAAUAAUUAUAUUAUAGUGGUGGCUAUAUUGAUUACCUGUUUGUUCACGAAGAAUAAAUUUAGUAUUUACUGAAAAUUAUCACUCAGACGCAGACGAAUGCCUGAACAACUCUCACAAUUGUAGCGAAAAUGCCAACUGUACCAACACCGAAGGGUCCUUCAACUGUAGUUGCAAACCAGGGUACAUUGGAAAUGGCCACAACUGUUCACUGGCAGGUUGGUUCUGA